UUUUAUAUGCUUAAGUAGACAGGUGCCCAGUCUGUGACGUUUACGACUGAUAUUUGUUUACAUUAAUUCGCGUAAAUGUGAUAUGUUUAGAUAGGUACUGCAAGAACUUAGCAGUAUCUCCUUGACAAACAGACAUCGUGACAUUUCAAAUCAUUUACGCGUGGACAAUCUCUACUCUGGAGAGAUGAUGGCAACUCAAAUCACGUGGCCUAUACUUCCGUGUCUAUAUUUAGCUGUCUCUCAGGAAGGACACGUUGAGAAUGUGAAACUGGACAUGUCGGAUCCAAAUGAAUAUUUUUGACUCACUUUUGAGGAUUUUAGUACAUGUCUGUGAUUUGUCAACAGCAUACAUCUAGAAAUGGCGUCAUAUCUUAGAAAGGCGAAUAUAGUAGAGGGAAUAGGAAAUGAAGUGCUCUAUGGUCUUGGAGCAUUCCUGGGAAUACUGGUGCCAUUGGUAGCAUUUGUGUUGAAAAGGCAGCAAAAUUAUAAUCAGACCAUUCACCCGGAGAGUGCAGCUAAUGUGGAAUCGACACGAACACGGCUCCGCAACGAGGCUGGCACUGCAGACCGUCCAUCGAGGGCCAGACGAGACAAUAACGGACAACUCACAUGUCCCAUCUGCUUGGCUGAUGCUGCUUUUGCAAUUGAAACAAAUUGUGGCCAUGUUUUCUGUGGCCACUGUGUCAUCACAUACUGGCAACAUGGUCAGUGGCUUGGAGCUGUCCGCUGCCCAGUGUGCAGACAACAAAUUACUCUUCUCCUGCGUAACUUCACUGAGGUAGAAAACAACGAGGACAGUACAGAACGGAGAGUUAUUUUAGACCAGAUUAGUAACUACAACCGGAGAUUCUCCGGAGAACCCAGGCCAAUCACCGACUACAUCCGAGACCUGCCUGUUUUACUGCGACACGCGUAUACAGAGUUCUUCUCAGUAGGGGGUCUCAUCUGGAUGUUCCGACUCCGCGUGAUAGUGUGUUUCUUUGCAGCCUUGUUAUAUUUCAUCUCUCCAUUAGACAUCAUUCCGGAAGCUGUGUUCGGACUGCUAGGAUUCCUUGACGACCUGUUCAUCAUCCUUCUCCUGGCGAUAUAUAUUACUAUAAUAUACAGACAAGUUGUCCAGGCAAGGGCACAGAGGGCCGUCCCAACGGCACCACCUCCUGACGGGCAGACACUCGGUCAAAGUUGAAGUGGAGUUUUGUGAAUGAUUUUGAAAGUGAAUACUGCUUUGUUCUGAAGAUUUCUCCUGUGUGUCAUCUCAGUGGUAAAAACAGCUAAGCUAUGUUUGUUUUAUGACGGUUUUUCAAGGUUUGAGCAUUUUUCGGUCCAUGAAAGUAUUAGGAGAAAAUAUGAACUUUCUUUAUCAAUAUUUAUUGCUCUGUUAGAGCUGUACUUGUCAGAAGAUGCUGAUGUACAUCUAGUCUAGGUCUGUUGUACGCAGUGCAAAUGGCAAAAGACAGUUGAUGUGGAAAGUGUCAAUGCAGCUCAGGGAAGCAGUAUUUCGACAUCUGAAUGUAGAAUAUAACCAGACUUCAGACAAGACACCCUUGGACAUCACUCACUCACUCACCACCUUUAUUGCACCACCGCUCAGAUUAUGAUCGACUGAAUCAAGGAUUGUUUGGUCACAAUGGCUGCAGUGAAUGAAUAUAUGUAGUUCCUAGAGGUUCCUGGAAGACCAACUUUCACACCUGGCUGUGUUGUUUAAAUGUUACUUAUGCAUGCACCCUUUACGAUCGAGGUUAGAAUUCGUCGUCAGCAACCCAUGUUUGUCAUGAUAGGUGAGUUACCGGAUCAGGUUGUUUGGCUCGAUGACUUGGUUGAUGCAUGUCAUAUCAGAGUUGCAUAGAUGGUGCUCAUGAUGUCAAUCACUGGGUUUUCUGGUCCAGACCGCCUUCAUAUGGCUGGAAAAUUGCUGAGUGUGGCGUUAAACAGCGACCAAACAGCUGGUUCGUGCUUACAUUAUUGACUGUUGGUUCAUCAUGUCAGAUUCACUAUAUGACCCGUGAAGAUCCGGGUUAGAAUUGAUCUUUAGUAACCCCUGCUUGUUGUGAGAGACGACUAACGAGAUGGGGUGGGCAGGCUCGCUGACUUGGUUGACACAUGUCAU